AUGGCCUCGGGGCAGCUGUUCUCACGCAACACACAAGCCUUGUUCUACAACUAUAAGCAGCUUCCCAUUCAGCGGAUGCUUGAUUUUGAUUUCCUCUGUGGGAGAGAAACUCCUUCUGUUGCUGGUAUCAUUAACCCUGGCUCCGAGGGAUUCCAAAAGCUUUUCUUCGGUCAGGAAGAAAUCGCCAUCCCUGUCCAUGCAGCCAUUGAGGCAGCAUGCGCUGCACAUCCCACAGCAGAUGUUUUCAUCAACUUCGCAUCGUUUAGAAGUGCUGCUGCUUCAUCUAUGGCGGCUUUGAAGCAGCCAACUAUUAAAGUUGUGGCCAUUAUAGCUGAAGGUGUUCCAGAGUCAGACACUAAGCAGUUGAUUGCUUAUGCUCGUGCUAACAAUAAGGUUAUUAUUGGACCAGCUACUGUUGGAGGUGUUCAAGCUGGAGCCUUUAAGAUUGGUGACACCGCCGGAACAAUUGACAAUAUCAUCCAGUGCAAGCUGUACAGGCCUGGAUCUGUUGGCUUUGUCUCUAAAUCUGGUGGCAUGUCUAAUGAAAUGUACAAUACUAUUGCCCGUGUGACAGAUGGGAUCUAUGAAGGCAUUGCUAUUGGUGGGGAUGUGUUCCCGGGCUCCACUUUAUCUGACCAUAUCCUGCGGUUUAACAACAUCCCACAGAUUAAGAUGGUGGUUGUACUUGGAGAGCUUGGAGGAAGAGAUGAAUAUUCUCUAGUGGAAGCCUUGAAGGAGGGAAAGGUCACAAAACCAGUGGUUGCUUGGGUCAGUGGGACUUGUGCACGUCUCUUCAAGUCUGAAGUACAAUUUGGUCACGCAGGGGCCAAAAGUGGUGGAGAGAUGGAGUCUGCACAAGCCAAGAAUCAAGCGCUCAAAGACGCUGGAGCUAUUGUACCCACUUCAUUUGAAGCCCUGGAGUCUGCAAUCAAGGAAACUUUUGACAAAUUGGCUGAAGAAGGAAAGGUGUCUCCUAUUAAGGAAGUCACUCCUCCGCAAAUCCCCGAGGAUCUCAGCUCUGCGAUUAAGAGUGGGAAAGUCAGGGCUCCUACUCAUAUCAUCUCCACCAUCUCUGAUGACAGAGGAGAGGAACCAUGCUAUGCUGGUGUGCCAAUGUCUUCCAUCAUAGAACAAGGUUAUGGCGUGGGAGAUGUCAUUUCUCUCCUAUGGUUCAAACGUAGUCUUCCCAGUUACUGUACCAAAUUCAUUGAGAUAUGCAUAAUGCUGUGUGCUGACCACGGUCCAUGCGUCUCCGGAGCGCACAACACCAUCGUAACAGCAAGAGCAGGAAAAGACCUCGUCUCAAGUCUUGUUUCAGGUCUAUUAACAAUUGGUCCUAGAUUUGGUGGUGCCAUUGAUGAUGCAGCACGAUACUUCAAAGACGCUUGUGACAGGAGUCUCACGCCUUACGAAUUUGUGGAAGGCAUGAAGAAGAAAGGAAUCCGAGUCCCUGGGAUUGGCCACAGGAUCAAGAGCAGAGACAACAGAGACAAAAGAGUGGAGCUGCUUCAGAAAUUCGCACGGUCUAAUUUUCCUGCGGUCAAGUACAUGGAAUACGCAGUCCAAGUAGAGACAUACACACUCUCUAAAGCCAACAACCUCGUACUCAACGUCGAUGGAGCCAUUGGAUCUCUCUUCUUGGACCUUCUCGCUGGAAGUGGGAUGUUCAGUAAGCAAGAGAUCGACGAGAUAGUCCAGAUUGGUUAUCUCAAUGGCCUCUUCGUCCUCGCUCGAUCCAUUGGUUUAAUCGGGCACACAUUCGACCAGAAGAGAUUGAAGCAGCCACUGUACCGACACCCAUGGGAAGAUGUCUUGUACACCAAGUAA